AUGACAUCACAUGCCAAGACACAAAAGACACUGAUAGAUAUACGGGUAAAGGAAACCAAAGAUAUAUUCCGUUAUUUGAACUCUAAAUUUCAAAAGUCAAGGCAAACAAUUAAAAGUAUAGAGACAUAUGUCUUCUCUUUUGAACAGUCAUCUAAUAAACCAGCAAAUUUUUUAUCAUUUAUAAAAAGGACAUCUCUACGCAGGAUGAAGGGCAUUCCAAAGACCAUUGCAUUUUCCUUCAAAAAUGAAAUCAACUUGAAGGAAAUGGGUGAAUUACAAGGAAAAGUCAGACUUAUUGAGACUAGAAAAAGACAGGUGGAAAAUGACCGAACCCUGAGACUCUUAAAAAGACCAUUGUUACAUAAAACUCUCUCUGUUCCAGGCACACAUUGUUGUAGACGCAUUUCUUUUGUGACGUCAGACCGGAUCUGGGUAAAUGAUUACGGAACAAAUCUCUUUUUGAUCGACUGUACUGGUAACAUUUUACUUCAUCGGAGAGACGUACAAAAUGAUUGUCGCGGUUCUCUGACAGUGAGUCCAAGUGGAGAACUAAUUUUCAUAGACUUGGAUUUCAAUAUCAGCAAACUUUGUAAGGACAACAAAACAAAAGUUAUAUUCAUGCAUGAAUUUGAACUAUUGAAACCAUGGGAUAUUUACUGUUCUACAACCUCCGGAAAUCUGCUUGUCCUGCUGAAAAGAUGUGAUCACUCAUAUUUCAAAUGUGAGGAAGCAUUAGUAAUGAUAUUAAAUACAUUAGGGCAACUUGCUCAAAUCAUCCAGUUUGAUAUUGUAAGUGGUCAGAAACUUUUUAAUAAUCCUGAGCUCAUCACAGAGAAUCGAAAUGGGGAUGUUAUUGUUUCUGACACGAUUUACCGGAAUUAUUAUGAAUUUUCAUGUUUGGUUGUGACAGACAGCAAAGGAAAUCAUCGCUUCACUUACCACGGACCAACAAUUGACUCCAAACUAAGUCUGGAGCCCUGGGGAAUCUGCACAGAUUCGCUAUCGAACAUCCUGAUAGCUGACUUGAUAACAAGCACAGUGCAGAUGAUUAACAAAGAUGGAAAUUUUAUUUCUUUGCUACUAACAAAAGAACACGGUAUAAGUUAUCCAUGGGGUCUGAAUUAUGAUGACAAAACCCACCUUCUCUGGGUUGGAUCGGACGACAAAACAUUGCGGGUAUUCAGACAUAUCGACAGAAAGAACCACCUUGAAAAUAGUUAA